AUGGCGGGUUCGCGAGGCAUCGCAGAAGAAAGACAAAAUGGUCCUCGGACCCGCAGCAGCAGUCGUCGACGCAAGAUCAAAGCAGAGUUAGAAGCCCGCGACCGGAACUCCAAGGAAGCAUGGGAGCUUCAGCAAGAACUGCUGGCGGAGGGUGCGAGCUCUUCUUUGAUGGAGGCUGCACGCCAGCUGUUGCAGACGGAACACUACCAAGCUGUUGUGGAGGAAAGGUCCUUGGAUGGCCUUUGCGGCUAUCCACCUUGCACCAGGCCCGCUCAAGCGUUGCCUGCAAACCAGCGAUGGUCGGUAAGUUAUGGUUCCAGGGAGGUGAUUAGUGCCGAAGAGCUCCGGAAGUACUGCGGCCCGGACUGCAGAAGGGCGAGCUCCAGGUUCUGCACCAGCUUGCAGCCCGAUCCUCUGUAUAUUCGGCCGGAUUCUGCUGUGUUGCGCGCGAAGCAGGCGAUUGCUGGACGACAGGCACAGGCAGAACAGUCAGAGGCAGAGAUCAGCGCAGAGCCGAAGGAGACGAAAGUUAGAGGAACACCGGAGGAGGAGGCGCUGCCAAAGGUGCGCCCUCGAGCAGUCGUCCGAUUCUCUCGAGAGAAGCAAGUUUACACUGUCCACUACCACGAGUACGACGGUGGCGGUGCACUGCCAGAUGUGCCCCCCAUCAAGGACGAACCCCUCGAUCCCGGCCGAGGUCGAAUGCGAGCGUUGGUGCGGGAAAGGCCAAUGGCCGACGACGUCGCCGAGCAGGAAGCCAGACCGCCCGAGGAGCUGAAAGAGCCGAGCUCUGAUCCGGACGACGACGCCGCUCGUGAUGGCAGUGAUGGGGAUGACGACUUCUACGAUCCAGAUGUGAAGCUGGAUGGCAAGUCGGAGCUUGCAUGGGUCAGAGCAUGGGGAAUCCUCAGUGCUUGGCUGAGUGAGCCGGCCAGGGCCCUGCUGGCAGGAGUGCGAGAGGAUGGGAUACGGGAGGAAAGGCGGCCUGGACACAAGGGUCGGCGAGACCUCCUCAUCGAGCUGCUGACCUCCCGACUCCCCGGGGAGCUGUCCUUUCUUGCAGGGCGCUUGUACGAGCUUGCCUCCGCUUUGUCUGUCCACCAGACCUUGCCUUCCGUGACCGAGCACCGGCUCUACGACCUGCUUGCAGCCAUCUUAAUUCGACGGCUCUACGAGAGCGAUGCUGCAGCAGGAACGCAGCCGGACAGCUACGUCCGGAAAAGGUUGAAUCACCAAGUGGAGGAAGCUGCGAAAGCGUUCGGCAUCAGUGGAAAGGAGCUCCAUGUGCUGCAGCAGCUGGUGCAAGGAGAGGCUGCCCGCUGCUGCAAAGUUACGAUGGCAGCACUUCGGGCGCUUCGAGGAACCAGGCAGCUUCAGGCUGCACUCUGCUUGAGCCAGCGCGGUUUUCCACUUCCGCUCCCGGCUGCCGUCAGAUGGCACAAGACAGUUGCUGCCGACGACGGUGCCGAGAAGAUCAGCGCUGCCCUCAAGGGGCAGCGGGCUUCCACUUCAAGCUCCGCGAUGGCUCUCGGAAGACUGCCAGUGUCGAAGAUGUUGACGGCCAAAGCACAGGCCACUCUGAAGCGUCUUCAAGCUGAGGUCUCGGUGCCAUCAGGGGUCACAGUGCUGGAGGCUGCGCACAUGAACGAGGCAGCCGGACUUUCGGAAGUCACCCGGAACCGGUGCUUUCGAAUUUAUGCGGAGGUGGACUUGGAGGGUGCUUGUGAAGCAUCAUUGGCUUGCUCCACCUGCCACGUCAUCCUCAACACGGACACCUACGAAAGCUGCGGUGAGCCCACUGAGAAGGAAGAGGACUUGCUGGACCUUGCACCGUGUUUGACACCCACUUCGCGCCUCGCAUGCCAGGUGGUCGUCGACGAGAAGCUACGGGACCACACGGUGACCCUGCCGGCCAUGACCUUGAAUUUCUAUGUAGAUGGCCAUGUUCCGACGCCUCACUGA